UUUCUUAACGCCCAAUUUGUUGUUUUCCUCCAUAUUUCCAUUACCCGAAACCCUAAUCCCCAAUUUCUCUUCCAAUUUUUCGAUCACGAUCUCUGGAAAAUUAAGAGAGAAAUUCAAAAUUUCGGCGAUCAUAGUCUUAUUCAGACAUUCCAGAAGGUAUUUAGUCGACUGAGAAAGCAAUCAUGAGAUUCAGAAAAGGAAGUAGAGUUGAGGUGUUUAGCAACAAAGAGGCGCCUUAUGGUGCGUGGCGAUGUGCUGAGAUUGUCUCGGGUAAUGGGCAUACCUACAAUGUUCGAUUUUACUCUUUCCAACUUGAACACGAGGAGGCAGUUAUGGAGAGAGUUCCAAGGAAGAUAAUUAGGCCUUGUCCUCCACUACUGGAUGUUGAGAAAUGGGAGACUGGUGAAUUGGUCGAAGUUCUUGAUAAUUUUUCAUGGAAAGCUGCCACAGUUCGAGAGGAGUUAUCUGGAAAUUACUAUGUGGUUCGGUUACUUGGGACUCCAGCAGAACGUACAUUUCACAAAGUUAACCUCAGGGCCCGAAAGUCGUGGCAAGAUGAGAAAUGGGUUGCAAUUGGAAAGAUAUCUGGUUCUGUGAAGUCAUCCACACUGACUGGAUCAGACGUAUACCAGAAGCUACAGCCCCAUAGGAACAACAUACCACUCCACGAGCCUAGUGAUGUCUCUGCUAGAAUGUUAAAGAGACCGUCACCUUACAACUGGUCUGAAUUUGCUGAAUCAUGCACAGGAAACAACCCUAAGAAGAUACGAUCAUUGGAAAAAGAAGGACAGCAGCAAAAGGUAGAUGCUAUUGCUUGCCGACCUGAAAAAAGGGGUGGUAAAUCUCACGUGCAAGCUUCCUCUAACAAUCACAAAACUGAUUACUGUCAAAUCGUCAGGGUAAGAUCAAAAGGGUUUAGUGAGAGUGUUCGUGCAGGAAGCUUAGUCGCUGAUGAUUCUUCUGAUAGCGAUGCAUGCUCAGUUGGUAGUUGUAGUGCUACUAGUUAUGAUGAGAGUAACAUGCCACCUUGUAUGCUAGAUGGCUCUAGUCAACAGGCAGACUCAUGUAGCAGCGAUGCUGAAUCUUCUUGUGGCCUCGGGGAAGAACCAAGGAGGAAACAUUCAUCAGCUGGUGAUGGAGCAAGAAGGUCAUGUAGGUCUGAACUAUAUUCCUACCGCAGUACUUUGGGGGAAUUAUUUUCUUCUGGUCCCCUAAGUUGGGAGCAAGAAGCAUCAUUAACUGAUCUUCGUCUUUCUCUUAAUAUAUCAGAUGAUGAACAUUUGAUGGAGGAACAGUGUUGCCUUGUUCGGGCAUGCAGACCUUUUACCUCUAGAGGUCUAACUCUGAUGCUGGGGUUUACAACUUCUCCCUUGGCCAUCUGAAUGCUUGUUUCAGGGGCUUCUUUCAGGUGUCCUGGAGCCUGCUUUGUCCACAGGGACUGAAAGCUGUGCUUUGAGCAGGUUUCCUUAGAUAUAUUUACAGUCUGGUUGGAUAAUUUUGUUGAUAUCAUAUCAAGAUCUGAGUAGUAUCUCUUUACAUUUUUUAGUUCUUUCGGUGUAUGUUGCAGUGCUAUCUUUGUGGUGUUGUGUCUGCUCUGGUUGCUUUAUUAGAAGUGCAUGACGUAGAUGCUACUAUAUUUUUACUAUUACUAGCUUUCUAAGCCUGAUACAUUUAGAUGUAGAACACAACGUUUUUUCAGUUACAUUUGUUCUAUUUUCGGUGUUUUUUUUCCAGAGGUAUAGUCUAUUGACACUCAAUUCUUUCUGGAAAUAAGCAUUGUGGCCUGUUGAGAGGUAAGUGUGAAAUGUCAUGAAUAGGGUUAAUGUGUGUCCAUCUUGGAAGAAUGUAUUUGAUGUGCUCAUCCAGAAAAUGUGUUUGUGAAUUGAUGUUGAUUACGUAUUCUGAUUCUCAUGACUUGCUUUUAUGGAAAUUAUCGAGAUGAAAGGGAACACAUGCCUGCUUUCUUGCUUAGUUUGUCGCAUGUGCAUUGUGGAGAUUCUCCCAGCUCACUCUUCGAAUGUCUCCAGCCAAGCUAGGUUGUUUACAUGGCAGCAUGAAACUCCAAAGCCGAAUACAUUAAUUUUCACAAAGGUAUGGAUCGUUUUGAAAAUUCUCCAAAAUUUAACAUGUUUUUCUUGAGAAGUUGCUUGCUUGUAAAAUCAAAACGAGUUUCAUAUCUUCAACCAGACUUUCUUAGGCAAGUAGUUACUACCCAUGCAACAGCAACCUCUGCGGCAAUAUUGACUUGUUUGCAAUUUUACUGUUCUCUGCCUAAUGUUUCAAUGGUCAUGAAAACUGAUUGGUCGAUACAAGAACUUGUAAAUUAAAAACUCUCUCUGUGAUGAAUGAUGAGUAUAUUGUUAUUAUGAGCCAUGAGCUGUCUUUUUUUCUUC